UUCCUGGAGCCCCAGGCCAGGCUGGUCCCCUGCCCCGUUCCUGUGGAGCCGCUUGUGUCUCAUGGGCAGGAGAACCUGCCCCGAGCAGCUCCUGCUCCUGCAGCCCGGGGCUCCUGCAGCCCAGGGACACCCGCUGCCCUUUCCCCGGGGUCCGGCCUCAGCCAGAGCCCCGAGCCAGCCGGGAAGGCGCUGGAACAGCUCCACAGGGCAGCGGUCACAGCUCCGACCCUGCCAGAGCUCGGGGAGCGUUUGGACAACGCUCCCAGGAACAGGCUCAUGAACUCGGAGCUGUUCACGCUGACCUACGGCGCCCUGGUCACCCAGCUCUGCAAGGACUACGAGAACGACGACGACGUCAACAAGCAGCUGGACAAGAUGGGUUACAACAUCGGGGUCCGGCUCAUCGAGGACUUCCUGGCCCGCUCCAACGUCGGGAGGUGCCACGAUUUCCGUGAGACUGCUGAUGUUAUUGCAAAGAUUGCAUUUAAGAUGUACCUGGGCAUCACUCCCAGCAUCACCAACUGGAGCCCUGGGGGUGACGAGUUCUCCCUGAUCCUGGAAAACAAUCCCUUGGUGGACUUUGUGGAGCUCCCUGACAACCACUCAACCCUCAUCUACUCCAACCUGCUCUGUGGAGUGCUGCGGGGCGCCCUGGAGAUGGUGCAGAUGGCUGUGGAUGUGAAGUUCGUGCAGGACACGCUGAAGGGCGACAGUGUCACAGAAAUAAGGAUGAAGUUCAUCAGGAGGAUUGAAGACAACCUUCCAGCUGGGGAAGAGUGAACCACAGCCCCACCUCCCUGGGGACUGGAGGGACCAGCUGGGCUUGGCCAUUAGCUUUCCUCACAGGCCCACAGGGAUCUCCUGCACACUCAGACUGACUCACUGACUGUUUCAGAUGUCAUUUUCUUCUUCUGCUGUCACUUCCAUCCUCUGUAGAAGAUGAUUUUCUGGUUGGUGUUUAUUUCCCAGGUUCAUUCUAAAGCUUUUUCAUCAGCUGAUGUGCUUUUUCCUACUCCCCAGAGGCUUCCUAUCCUCAGUUUCCAGUUGUGACCUGGGCUGGGUGAGAACAACUGCUCAGACUCCAGGAGAGCUCCAGUCUGGUUCGGUGCUGGAUGUCCAGAAUUGGAGACCAAGCGAUGGGAGCCCACAAAUUCCCUGCUAAACCCUGUCCUUCCUUAAAUGAGGUGUUUAAAAUCCACUGGGAGAUGAGUGUGUAGUAUUUCUGUAGACCAAACUGGCUUCCUGCACUUGAUUCUGGGGUGACUGGUACAUGCAGGCUUGAUCCAAAGGGCUGGCUCGGGAGAGCUGCUGCAGUGCUGGCACUGGGUUGUGUGGCACCACACAGGAUGGCAGAUUUGGGAGUCCUGUGACCUUUCCAGUGUCCCUUCCCCAGCAACCUCAGCACUCCCCUCUCGGGAAGGGAGGAUGUUAAACUGCAGUGGAGCAGCAGGAAAUACUUUACGUGGAGAAAGGCAAGAUGGCAUUGGUGAUCCUCAGUGGGAACCAAACUCAGGCUCAGGCCUGGGAGGCGUUAAAGGCAUUUCAGACUCUCUUCUGCAGUUGGGGUGUGUAAACUGCAUGGUGUGGAGGUGGUGCUGGGGUUUGUUCUCUCACGUGUUCAGGCUACAGCAGAAUUUCCCACGUUCCGUGGCUGGCGACCUGUGGCACCUGCUGCUCUGUAAAAUACACAAAGUAGUGUUAGAUAACAAAAAGCAAGAUACUGGAAAAUCAGCUUCCUCUGCCACCCAGAGUCAGAAAACACAGUCAGACAUUGGGUUCCCAAAUCACUUCACGUAGCAUGAAGGCACAGCCCCACAGGGGUCACGGGGAGCUCCAGUGCCUGUGUGGGUUGAUGCCUGAGUGUGAGGUGAGAGGGAGUGACCUGCUGCUUGUGCUGCUCUUGUUUGGGUUCUCUGGAUGAAUGUUGGGUCAUCUGGCACUGAAUGAGUCACCCUGUCCCUGUUUGGCCCAAAUGAGUCCCUUUGGAUGCCCCGUGAGAUGUGAAGGGCCAGUGAGUCACUGUAAGAGCAGCCAGAGAACAACACUGAGGUGCAGUGGUGGCUGGUGGGUGUUGGGGUCAGAGGUGCUGCACAGUCACGUUGCAGAGCUCAAAACCAUCCCUUGUUUCUCAUUGUUUUGACCAUUCCACAUCUCUUUAAAGCUGCAUUUUAGAAGCAAUUGCAUUAAAAGAAUCCCGGUGUCAA